CAGUCAAUUGUCACAACAUGCACACAGCAAUCAAAACAAAAUAAGAGUGAAUUGUUGUUAAAAACCAUACGUUUUAAUAGAAAACGCAACCCCGACGAACAAUUAACAACGUCCCAUUUCGCAGACCAUAACCUCAAAAUGCCGAAAUACUACUGCGAUUACUGCGACACUUAUCUCACCCACGACUCGCCGAGCGUGCGGAAAACCCACUGCACGGGCCGUAAGCACAAGGACAACGUGAAAUUCUACUACCAAAAGUGGAUGGAGGAGCAGGCCCAAAACCUCAUCGACGCCACCACGGCCGCCUUCAAGGCCGGCAAGAUAGCCAACAACCCCUUCGCCCACGCCCAGCCGGGCAAAGGCGGCGUCGCCAUUCCACCGCCCGCCCAAUUGACCAUCGGCCAGCGGCCCGGAGCACCGGGCGGACCCGGAAUGAUGCCACCCGGAGCUAUGGGACCUGGUGGACCGAUGCCGCCUAUGAUGAUGGGUCCCGGUGGGCCGGUGCCUCCUAUGAUGGGGGUGAGACCUCCGAUGAUGGGUAUGAUGCAAAUGGGACCGAUGGGGCCCAUGGGGCCUGUACGACCGCCGAUGGCGGGGCCGCAGUUGAAAAGCGUCCUACCGGAGCCCCGCAUCGUCACCAGACAGGAAUGGGGCGCCCGUCCGCCCAAAUACAUCCAGAACCUCUCGAAUCCGGUGCCCUACGUGGUGGUGCACCACAGCUACAUCCCCUCAGCCUGCUACAACUUGCAGGACUGCGAGAAGGCGAUGCGCUGGAUGCAGGACCUCCACCAGAUCAACAACAGCUGGGCGGACAUCGGCUACAACUUCGCCGUCGGCUCCGACGGCAACGUCUACGAGGGCAGGGGAUGGACGCGCGUCGGGGCGCACGCGCCCGUCUACAACUUCAAGAGCAUCGGCGUCUGUCUGAUCGGCGACUGGCGAGCGGAACUACCGCCCGAAAGACAACUCACCGCCGCUAAGGAACUGAUAGCGAAAGGGGUGCGAGAGGGCUACAUCAAGGAAAAUUACGAGCUGGUGGGGCACAGGCAGGUGAGAACGGGCACCGAAUGCCCGGGGGACAGGUUGUACAAGGAAAUUAGCGAAUGGCCCAACUAUUGCCCUCGCCCGGAGGACGACGAGGAAGAUAAUAAUGUGGAUAAGUAAUUGACUUGUCCUUUAGUAAAUUACAAUGCGCAGGAGCUAAGUUAUUUGAGUUAUACGAGGGUAAUGUGAUAAUAAGUUAUCGGUCUGUAAAUGAA